GUCAAAGACACCAUGCGACUUCUUGGAGUGGUCAGGGUGACCUCUUUACUUUCUUCAAGGUUGGGCAUUUCUGGUACUGGAGGCUCGAUUGUUGAAGAGUUCAAUGCUCAGAUGCGGGCGGUGUCUAAAAUAGCUUUGACCCGUAAAUCAAAUUUCUCUGUCUUUCUGGAGAUGAAUGGCUCUGAAGUGGUAGACAAUCUGAUGCAAGUGCUCUGGGGAAUUUUGGAGUCAGAGCCACUGGAUACACCUACUAUGAACAAUGUCGUGAUGUCCUCCGUUGAACUAAUCUAUAGCUAUGCAGAGUGUUUGGCAUCUCAAGGAAAGGAUACAGGGGUUCAUUCUGUGGCUCCUGCGGUUCAGCUACUGAAAGCACUUAUAUUGUUUCCCAAUGAGUCUGUACAAACAUCCAGCAGCUUGGCCAUAUCAUCAAGAUUACUUCAGGUUCCUUUCCCAAAGCAAACAAUCUUGACAACAGAUGAUUUGGUAGAUAAUGUUACAACUCCUUCGGUGCCUAUCAGAACAGCUGGUGGAAAUACGCAUGCCAUGAUUGAGGAGGACUCUAUAACUUCAUCUGUUCAAUACUGCUGUGAUGGCUGCUCCACCGUCCCUAUCCUGAGAAGAAGGUGGCACUGCACCGUUUGUCCAGAUUUUGAUUUAUGUGAGGCAUGCUAUGAAGUGUUAGAUGCAGAUCGUCUUCCACCACCACACACUCGAGAUCAUCCCAUGACUGCACUUCCAAUAGAAGUGGAAUCACUUGGUGCAGACACCAAUGAGAUUCAGUUCUCUGCGGAUGAAGU